AUGUCGACUACAUCAUCACCAUCUGAAACUACUGCUACUACUGCGACUACAACAACAACAACAACCUCAGCAUCUACUUCAACAUCACCACCACCUUCACUACCACCUUCUAUAUCAGUGACACCAACUGCGACUCAUAUCCCGGUACCAUCACCGAAUCAAUCUGUAACAUCGGCAUCAGCAUCUGGAGGAUUAAACUCUUCGACUGCAUCAGGAGGAUUAAACUCAUCAUCUGCAUCAAUCAAUGGAGAGGUCGGAGUUGAUCAUAUAACAAUAUCAUAUCAAGAUGACUUUGGAGUAUGGAAAUAUUUGGAACCUGAUUUAUGGAAUCAUUUACCAUUGAGAAAUAUUAGUUGGAGAACAAAGACUGGUCAUACCAAGAUUGUAGAUAAAAUGCCUGUUAAUAUUCUACCACACAAUGACGAACGAUUGAAACCAACGUACGAGUUUCAAGACUUGUACAAGAAACCAUACCUCUAUUUGUACUUGGUUCACUGCGAUGACGCCGAUCAGUACAAGAACGCGGUCAAACCAAAGAUCAAGCAAUGGGUGACAUCAAUGUCUGAACGUCAUCAGGAAUGGUUGAUAGUUUUGGCGUUAAUCUAUGAACGCGCACAACUCUACGAGGAUGCGUUGGUGCAGUACUUUGAGCUCGAAGUGCUGUUUACAGAGACAAAGACAACGUUUGAGAGUAUCACCAACAACGACCCAGGUGACGGGAUGGAUAUAUUAGACGUAAACAAAAAACCAUACCGCGACCUUAUUUUUAACAACAAGAUUAGUUUGUUUGACUUUAAACAUUAUUUGUUUGCCAAACAGGCCAAACUACUCUUCCUCUUGCACCGUCCAGUCGAGGUUGCAUCGCGUGCCAAUGCAUUUAUCGCAUCUAUCCAACGUAUCAUAUCAAAGAAUGCAGACAGUUUCUCGUCACCUUACUUUAGAGAGGCGUGGGUGUUUUCAGUCAGUCUCGAGAUUAUCAAGGCAUGUCAAGAUGGUUAUGAAAAGUUGUCACAGUCACCUUCUUCAUUGGGACAGGGUGGUGCGAGUGGAACUACCGUCAACCCAAAAACAAAGAUUGUCACUCCUCCACUCUCGAGAUUUCUCAAUAAUGUGACGAGCGGUCUCGGGCUCGUCUCUGGCAGCAACACAUCUUCGCCUGCCACUACCCCUGCCACCGUAUCACUAUCAUCGUCAUCAUCAUCCUCCUUUUCAACAACAACUGCCGCUUCCAAGGCAUCCUCUAUUCUCAGUGGUCUAGGUAUCACUGGAACUCAAUCUCUUACAGUCACUCAAUCAUCUACACUUCAAGGUGGUGUAUCUAAUUGGAUGAGAACACCAUCACUAAACUCUAUCGCUGAAUUGGAUCGUACCAAAGAUGAUAAACAAGAAAAAGAAUUAUUUGAUUUAUUUUUAUCUGAUUUAUUAUUUAAUGCUGGUCAAAAGUUGGAAGAAUUAGCAAUUAAAUUAAAGAUUAUUCCAAAGGAUUAUUAUGGAGCAUUAUUUAAAAGUGUUGAAGAGUUGUUUAGAAAAGAUGAUGCACCAAAUAAUAUUUCUACCACUUCCAUCUUUUCCUAUCCUCCUCUUCAAGCUGCUUUCCAAUCAGUCGAACAAUUUAGAACUCUUUAUCUUGAUGUUAUGAAUCAAGCUGAAAAUUUAUUUACUCAAACAAAUAGAACUAGAGCAUUGGCCAGAUUAAAAUAUUCUGUUGGUACUUUUCAUUUUAAAUUAAAAGAAUUUGGAUUAGCAGAGAAUUUAUUUAAAUCUAUAGUUAAUUUAUAUGCAAGAGAAAGUUGGACUUCAUUAGAGUAUGCAGUUAAAACUAAAUUGGGAUAUUGUCAACAACAAUUAAAUCAUAUAGUCGAUUAUACUGGAACUUGUGUUUCCUUACUUUCACCUGGUACACUAUCAAACAAAGAAGAAAAAAAUUAUUACCUUGAUCAAAUCAUUCAAAUUUCAAAUACAAAAGAUUUAAAUAUUGUUCAAACACAAAAUACAUCAAAAUUAUUUAAAUGUAAAAUUAAGAUUGCACAAAAAGAAUAUAGAUUUUUAGAACCAAUUACAAUCAUUGUAAAGAUUAGAAGUAAUCUAAAUCAACCAAUGACGAUUAAUAGUGGACAUGUCAAUUUUGUAAAACCAUCCAAUCCAUCUGGCACUGUUGAUAAACUUAUCUUUUCACUCAACGAUUUUGUUUUGCAACCUGGCGACAAUAUAUUGACAUUUAGUACGGUUGGUACCAUCAAAUCAUUGUUUGUAAAGGAGUCGUUGUGGCUCAAGGCUGGCAGCAUCUCCUUUGCCAUUCCACUUCGUGGUGGUGAUGCAGGACAGAUCCAAAUCAUAGAGACGGCCAGUGCCAUCACUCUCGACACUAUUGCACCGUCACCACUGUUCCUCUGUUGUGUGCAAUACAUUACCGUUAGAAUAGGUACGCAUACCGACUCUAUUGAAAAGGGUGUGUUGUCAUUUAGCAGUCCUAGCGGUGCAACCAUCAUCAAUGCACCGACAUUAAAGGCAUUACUCAAGAAUAAGCAUGGCCACCAAUCGAUUGUCGAAUUUGCAUUCAAGAAUGAAAAGAUCCAGCUUGAACCAUUGGAUUAUGGUGAACAACUAGAGUUCUUCCUCCCCGUGAUGGCAGUCAAUGUCGAUCCAUGCACCCAUCAAUUCCGAGUUGAUUUCCAGUAUCAAAAACAAACCAAAGAAACCUAUUCCAUAUCACCAAUUGAAAAUGCUCUAUUUAUUAAUCCAUUCUCCGUCGAGGAACAAGUCAUCCCUCUCAAUAACAAAUAUUUCUUAAAGAUCCAAUUACAAUGUAAUGCUCCUCUACCAAUCGUCAUCACUGAUUAUCUACUCGAUGAAUGUGAUUCUCAAUAUUAUGAAAAUGAAUCCGAUCGUAAAUAUUCUUUUUAUCUAAUGAAAGAUUAUAAUCAAUCUUUAAAAAAUACUACAUUAUAUCCAGGUCAUUUAAUUUCAACAAUUUUUGAAUUUAACAAAUAUUCAGAUAAAGAUGCAAAUAGAUGUUUUAGAUUAAAAGUUCAAUAUAUAAACAAAUUACAAGAUUUGGACCCACAAGUAUUAGAGUGCAAAACAUUAUGGAAUGAUCAAGUUGAUUUCUUUUCACCAAUUAAUAUUGAUUGUCCAUCUCAUUUAUAUAAAAUCGAUAUUAGUAUUUCAAAGAUUACCUAUUUGGGAUCUAUUGUACCAUUGGGUAUUUCAAUUAGUAAUUUACAAUCAUCAAACAACAAGGAAACAACGACACUUAACAAUGUGCAAUACUCUAUCGACUAUGACCCUUCAUUCUGGACGGUUGCCGGUCGUACCAAAAACUCUUUUAAAUUGGCCAAUGGAAAGACACAACAGUUUUCAUGUGAUCUCAUCCCGAUUUGCAGUGGGGCCCUGCCUCUACCAAGAAUCAAUCUGAUUGGUAUCGACCAAGUCAACGUAGUCUACUCAAUCUCUACCAAUAAUGAUCACAUCUAUGUAUACCCUCCAAUCAAUAUUAAUUCUGCUUGUAAAAUCAUUAGUACUGGAGUUUAA